CUCACUCCGUUCUGCACUCAACCUCACCUCAACAGCGCAAGUCGGCCUGCCACGAACACACACCUCCUCUGCGAAUGUAUGAUAUCCUCGAACAUCGAGUCGUCGCAUCCGCAGAUUCGAGAGACCGUGAACGGACUUUGAAUGACGAAUCUGGAAUAACGAGCACGCGAUAGGGCGUUUUUUUUUUUGGGAAUCUGAGCUGGGAGCCAAGGAAUGCUAGAGGAAUGGAUAUUUGUCGUAGUGCAACGGAAAAAGACGGCAUACGGGUUUACCAUCCUCAUUGGAAGUUUCGGGACAACUGCUGCUUGUGUUGGAAGGGGGAGAGUCGUGGAGGAUUGGGGGAAGUAAGUCUGGAGGACUGCAAAGCGGCGCAGCGCGCCAUACGGAGGUGAUACCGACUCCCAUGUUCUGUGGGAGACUCACAUAACGGGAAACAAACCGAUAUGGCUUCAUAGUUGCGCUAUGGUAAGGACGUGGUCGACAUUGGAAGCAAGUUGCUGGCCGAUACAUAUGUACCUCUGUACGACCUUCUGCGCCAGAGCUUUAUAUAAAGCUGUUCGGAUUGCUCCCACACGCCUGACUUGCCUGAGAGAGAUUGAAGAAAAGCUUGAAACGAAAGACAUCAAUGCUCUUUCGAUAAGAGAAGUUCUCCUCAGUCGCACACUGCAACUUCAGCUCAUAGUUGGAGCUGUCAACCUUUCUUCCUUGCGUGCGCAAUCGACUUCUUCUUUGAAUCAACUUCUUGCAGUGGCAUUUGAUGCCUACCGAAAAAAGGAGUUGACUUCGUUCAGCCGUGUUUGUUGGUCCCUUUUGACUUAUCUCGUCUUUCUUUCUGAGUCCUCUGAUCUGUGCCUUUUCUCUCUUGCGGUAUUUAUCGGUCACCCCGAAGGAGAUAGCUGCACGGACGGGCAGGCGAAUCUACUGCAUGAUGCAGUUGCUGUUAUCCCUUGCUGCAGGAAGCUAUGAACGGGUACGGUCAGCGUCAUCAUUACCCGCUGCCAUGAGAGUUGACCUAUGAGGACUUGGUGUCUCGUGUGUUGCAAUAUGAGCAUGUGGCUCGUCUUCGGUCUUCUGGCUUCUUUCGUCGAACGCGCCUGGCCACAUAGAUUCAUGCAAAAACGGUUUUCAUGAGUCUUAUGUCUCGAAGUUUUAUUUACUUUUUGCAUAUGCGUAUCCCAAACUCAAACUGUCAAUCCUUAUCUUCACGCUAAGAAAGCCUCUUUCUGAUGUUAUCUCCAGACCUCACGAGACACAGGCGUUCAACGCAUGAGCUAAGAAACAGCGACUAUUCAAGCGUUCGAUACGGUCCUGAGGAUCCCUAUCCAUGACUCGUUGAACAAUAUCUCCACCCUUGUCUUCCCCCACACUUUGUUGCUGCGGGAGGUGGAUUUGACCUACGUCUGUGGCGUAUUGCUGCACUGCACCCAUGUCCGCAUCUCAAUGGAAAUCCCAUCCUGCUUUUGCGACCGCCAUGGGCAAAUCACGACGUUUGAUCCCAUUGGACCAAUAUUUCCAACAUCUGUUAUCCCGUUGAGUAUGCCCUGGUAUCGAUUGUUAUUGGCGGCAACAUGUUCCUGGUGUUGGUGAGUGUCAUAGCUCAUUAAGAAUUCAAUCCAAUCGAUUAGUGUCUCGUGGUGUAGAUCUCCAAAAUUCAGUCCAACUCGGGACGAGGCGUAAAGCCUCGCGGGCUCUUAUCUCGGUCCCAAAGCUUGAGCUCCACCAAGCUCAAAUGGCACAUAGCUAAGACCACUUAGCAUGCUCGGCGAGGUGUGUCGUGUGAGUACCCUGCAUCGAUCAGUAAAGUCUGAUUGUCAUCCCAUAAUUCACCAGAUAAGGGACUGUACCCCUCCUUUUCACUAUUUCAUAUCAUCAAGGUCUCCCCGCGUUGCUCGUUCUUGACUACUUGGUCGAAACUCCACACGCCUCAGCUUCUCAAAAUUAUUACAGACAUAGCGAUAAAAUGGCAGAACCGCUUCACGAAGAUAUUGAGAAAACAUCCGCCUCGAAGCUGGACAAGUCUUCCUCUCCCUCUCCCAAUCGCGAUCCCAACCAUGGUUUUGACAAGGAAUCACAUAUCCGAAGGGGCAGCGUGACAAAACACCACGAUGGCUUCUUCUCAGCUUUCACGCUGGAGAGCUUCAAACGCAAUCCCAAUGCGAGAGUAGUGACUGAGGCCACAGAUCUGGAGGGAAGACCAUUACCCGACCAACCUCCUGCUGAGCCAGCAUUGGCGAUGAAGUUGAAGGAAAGACAUCUACAGAUGAUUGCCAUUGGAGGAAGUAUCGGCACGGGUCUCUUCGUUGGUUCCGGUUCGGCUCUCGCAUCAGGUGGCCCUGCAUCUCUCAUCAUCGCGUAUGGUCUGAUUGGCAUGAUGUUGUACUGCACGGUCCACGCUUUGGGUGAACUAGCUGUUGCUUUCCCUAUUGCUGGUGCUUUCUCGGUGUACUCGAGUCGAUUUAUUGAUCCCGCAUGGGGUUUUGCUAUGGGUUGGAACUACGCCCUCAAUUGGCUCGUCACCCUCCCUCUCGAACUCACCGCAGCGUCAAUCACAGUCUCGUACUGGCCCGGCGCCAAAGACGUCUCUCCCGCAGCCUUCGUCGUGAUCUUCUGGUUCGUAAUCGUCCUCAUCAACUUCUUCGGGGUCAAAGGAUACGGAGAAGCCGAAUUCGUCUUUAGUAUCAUCAAAGUCAUCGCAGUUAUCGGAUUCAUUAUUCUAGGUAUCAUAAUUGCAGCUGGUGGUGUUCCAGGAUCUCCGCAAGGAUAUCUCGGCGCGGGGUUUGGGUAUAACCCUGGAGCAUUCCAUCAUGGAUUCAAGGGCCUUUGCAGUGUGUUUGUCACGGCUGCAUUCAGUUUUGGUGGGACUGAACUUGUGGGUUUGACGGCUGCUGAGACGGAGAACCCGAGGAAGAGUCUGCCGAGUGCUGUUAAGCAGGUAUUUUGGAGAAUUACGCUGUUUUAUAUGGUCUCCCUCACCAUCGUCGGCUGCCUAGUCCCCUACAACGACCCCGAUCUUCUGAACGGCUCCGGCUCACAAGACGCAAACGCCUCACCAUUCGUCAUCGCUGUGAAGAACGCCGGCAUCUCCGUCGUCCCAUCCAUCAUGAACGUCGUGAUUCUCAUCGCCGUCCUCAGCGUCGGAAACUCUUCUGUCUAUGGCUCUUCACGUACAAUGGCUGCUCUCGCCGAUCGAGGUCAAGCCCCGAAAAUCUUAGGAUACAUCGACAACACAGGUCGUCCGCUGGUCAGUAUCAUUCUCGCCAGUGCAAUUGGCCUGCUUUGCUUCAUCGUCGCAGCUGGAACCGAUGUUCGUGUUCAAGCUUUCAACUGGAUGUUGGCUGUGAGUGGAUUGAGCAGUAUCUUCACCUGGGCGAGUAUUUGCGCAUGUCAUAUCCGUUUCCGACAUGCGUGGAAAUACAACGGCCAUACCUUAGACGAACUAGCUUUCACCUCCCAACCCGGCUACUACGGCUCCUGGCUCGGCCUCAUCAUGAACUUCCUCAUCCUGAUCGCCCAAUUCUGGACAGCCAUCUGGCCCGUCGGCUACGCAUCCAAUACUCCGUCCGAAACCGCACAGGGCUUCUUCCAGGCGUAUCUGGCGAUGCCGAUUGUGAUGGCGUUUUUUGUGGUGUUCAAGCUGGUGAAGAAGACGAAGUGGAAGAAGUUGAAGGAUAUUGAUGUUACGAGUGGGAGGAGGGAGAUAGAUUUGGCGUCUAUACUGGCGGAGGAACGUGCUAUUCAAGCUACUUGGCCAUGGUACAAGAAAUGGUGGAACAUUGCAUUCUAGGUUGGUGUGCAUUGUAAGUAGCGUGGUGAAUUUCUGGUUGGUCAUUGCACUCGGUCUAUCCUAUCUGCAAAAAUUGCAGCGUCAAUUCACUGAAAGGCAUGUGAUUACGUGGCAGGAAUGGCUUGUAGCAUGGAGAACAUAUAUAAAUACAACGCAAAUACAGGGCAUUCUUGCGACAAGGCAUAGCAUGUAUGAAAUCAUACAUUGAUGGCACGUUGCGAACCACAUGUUGGCCUCUUUCAAUAUUGAAACAUCAAAGGGCAGGUCUCAUGCGUAUAUUUCCU